CUUUUACAGUCUUCGUUCCCGUGUAGAAAAUGGCAGCUCCUCCCGAAGCCCUUGCUACUCCUCCUCGCUUGUUCUCGCCCUUGUCGGCUUCAUUGCCUUUGAAGGACCAGAAGCCUGCCGGCUCGCCCUGGAACCCUCUUUACUGGCCCGGUUGGUUCGGCUACCAAAAGAACCGCCUUGGUUUGCCUAACCCAGGCAAAUUCGAACGUCUUCACAGCGAGGCCAAGGAUGUCUUUACCGCCAAUUACUUGUUCGACGGCGCGCAAGCCAACAUUAUUAAGGAAUUAUCGGGCAACUUCCAUGUGCAGCAUCAAUUCUCGCUUGGUUCGCAAAUCACCCCUCCCAUGUAUAACUUUAUGUCCGGCUACAUGACCGAAAGAACCAUGGCGCAGGGUACCAUGGAUAAUGACACCAACCUUAAUGCCGUCAUUAGACACAUGUGGUCUCCCAAGUCGGCCACCAAGAUUGUUGCUCAGUUGACAAAUAUGCCCGGCCACUCCAUGUUGCAAGUGGAUCAAGAUUACACUGGAUCGGAUUAUUCUAUCAAUGUCAAGGCUAUGAACCCCAAUCCCUUAGAAUUCACUGGUUUGUAUAUGGCGUCUUAUCUCCAAUCCAUCACCGCUCAGUUUGCGGUCGGUUCCGAGAUCGUGUUACAGCGACCUACCCCCGACAUGGAAGAAACCGCCAUGUCACUGGUCGGCAAAUAUACCGGCAAGGACUUUAUCGCUACAGCUCAAUUGCAAGGCAUGGGUGCGCUGCAGGCCAGCUAUUAUCAGCGUAUCAAUGAAAAGGUCGAUUUCGGUGUGGAACUUAACAUUAUGAGCCAGGGUGGACGAAGAGAAGCGGUGGCUACGGUGGGUGGCAAGUUUGAUUUCAGACAAGCUACUUUCCGCGGUCAGAUCGAUACAACGGGACGAGUAUCCGCCGUAUUAGAAGAAAAGAUGGCACCUGGUUUCUCCUUCCUUAUUAGCGGUGAUCUGGAUCAUAUGAAGGGUCAAAGCAAGUUUGGUGUUGGUAUUAUGUUAUCUGCUUAGAUUCGAAAAACUUUCUAAAAUUUGUAAUAAAUCGCAAAAUUUCCGUUCGUUCA